ACUUCAAGCGCCUAUCUUUUAUUCCGCAUCCAAAUCCCAUUCCAAUUUAAAACUACACCAAAAUCCCAGAAAAUUAAACCCAAAAUGGCACAAUAUCAAAGUACCAACACAAUUGCAUCGACAACAAUGAUCCUAGUGAUCACAGUGGCCACCCUCUACGGAGGUGCAACAGCACAAUCGUCAGGGUGCACAAGUGUGCUAAUUAGCUUGUCCCCAUGCCUCAACUACAUUUCUGGCAACACAUCAACCCCAUCAUCAGGAUGUUGCAGCCAACUCGCGAGUGUAGUCCAGUCACAGCCACAGUGCUUGUGUCAAGUCCUUAAUGGUGGUGGCUCAUCUUUGGGUCUUAGCAUAAACCAAACUCAGGCUCUUGCAUUACCUAGUGCAUGCAAUGUCCAGACACCACCAACCAGUCGAUGCAAUGCUGCAUCUCCAAGCAACUCCCCUUCAGAAACCACACCUUCUUCAGGAACCACACCUUCAGAAACAACACCUUCGGGAAACCCUUCGGGUAAAGGCAGCGAAACAAACACUGUGCCAUCAACAGAUAAUGGUUCAUCAGAUGCAUCUUCAACAAAAUUCGCAACAUUUCCUAUUAUAUUUACACUACUUGUUGCCGCAUAUGCUAUGGUGUUCUAAAUUAUUAACUACCAUAUCCGGAAAGAAUAUGUUUUGAUUUACGAUUUUGCUUAUUUCCCUGUGAUUCUUAUGUGUAAAAUUUGGCAUGUGAUUCGUGUGACAUGCCAUGUAAGGAUUCUUUUUGGUCGGUUUUGUAUUGUUUCCGAUAAAUAUGAUUUUUCUGAUUCUGAACA